UGGGCGGGGAGGGGCUGAGGGCUGGGGGACGACCAGAUGGGGACCGGUACCGCGCACGCUGUGUGCAUUUACUAGUGCUGCGCGAAGAGCGCGUGUAGUUCGUGAUAUUUAGAGGUGACUGGAACUGUCACACGCGAGACUACACCCGGCUUCAUAAUGUCAAAUCGAUCAUGGGUGACACUGGCCACAAACGACUCCUACGGCCUGGGUGCCUUGGUACUGGCACACUCGCUGCGCCGCGCUGGGUCCGUAUAUCCAGCCGUGGUGCUCAUCACACCAUCGGUCACUGAAGCCAUGAGAGAGCGCCUUCGCGCAGUGUUCGCUGAGGUGGUUACAGUGGACGUGCUCGACUCGCGCGAUGCUGCACACCUCGCCCUGCUUCAGCGGCCGGAGCUCGGCAUCACCUUCACAAAGAUCCACUGCUGGAACCUUACCCAGUACGAGAAAUGCGUGUUCCUCGACGCUGACAUACUGGUGGUUCAAAACUGCGACGAGCUGUUUGAACGAGAGGAACUGUCAGCCGCUCCUGAUGUCGGCUGGCCCGACUGUUUCAACUCCGGCGUGUUUGUCUUCAAGCCAUCUGCUGAAACCUUCGAGAACCUGAUCAAGUUCGCUCAGGAACGCGGCAGCUUCGACGGUGGUGACCAGGGAUUAUUAAAUUCGUUCUUCUCUGAUUGGGCGCACGGCGACAUCAACAAACAUCUGCCUUUCCUGUACAACGUUACAUCUGCCGCAUUCUAUUCUUACUUGCCUGCUCUUAAACACUACGGGCAGAAUCUUAAAAUCAUCCACUUCAUUGGCGCUGCGAAACCCUGGCUCCAACAGUUCAACUGGGAAUCUCGUCAUGUCGACGCGCCAGAACAUUUGCGGGAAUUCUUGCAACUCUGGUGGGAUCUCUUCGUAUCUCAAGUCCACUCCCAUCUCGAUGUCUCCAUGGUUGAGGUGGAGGUCCAACAGCACGAAAUCGUCGACACCACACCAGUGUUACCAUCACAAGAUGUCAACCAAUAUAUACACUAUCAACCUGUAUUGGAUCCAGAGUCUGAAUUUCCGUGGCAUCGACCGGAAGCACAAACACAAGACGAAUUGAAUAUAUCUCAACUAGAGAUGUCAGAAUUUCAUGAUCCUUGGGGAAUUUAUCGAGGACAUAUACCACCAAUUUCUGAUGAUACAACCACCCAGCGAGCAGACGGUAGAGUUGAAAAUCAAGAAGAGGUACGAAAAUAUGCUUGGGAAUAUCAAGCACAAGAAUACAGAAGAGAUAGUACGUCCCAACAUCAUCAAGAUGUCUGGAAUUUUUCUCAUCAAGCUCAACAUGAUAGCCAGCAACACCAUUCAGAAUUUUACACCGAAACAGUAUACAAUCAAGAUAUAAACCAUUCUGUCACUGAACAUUGGCAUACUUAUCAACACGCCGAAAAACAAAGCGAGGAGCAAAAUACAUACAGUCAUUAUGAACCAGCACACUGGCGCAAAGAACAUUCAUACCCAGAAUAUCCACAACACGAUUUUGUACACAACAGUACUGAUAACAGAGACAAUUCUAAUGAACAAAAUUCACAAGAAUUUACAUACAGUAAUCAAGAAAGUCACUCACAAAACACACAGGACCGUGAUAACCACGAACAGUUUCAUUAUUCACAAUUAAAUCAAAACUCUAGUUUUGAACAUCAUACAUUUUCAGAACAAACUACACAAUUAAAGGAACAUAGCCAUAAAACCAUCGAUGUAACAAAUUACUAUGCGCAAGAAAUUGCGCAACAAGAUAUUGAAGUUCACCACGUUCAUGUUGAACAAGAGAAAGAACUCAACCAUCUCUGUCAAAAAGAUGGAAUAACAAAUGGUGAUAUUUCGGAUUCGGAAAGUGAAAUUGAUGAUAUUAAGCCAAGACAUCCUUACGAUGGGUAUUACUUAAGACACAGAGUUACCAUAGACUCUCGCGGACGUAAGAUUUGUACACAUGAAAUACCCCCGGCCCCCUCACCGUCUUCUUCAGAGUCCCCUACGCCGCAGGAUUAUUAUUCCGCUGAGGAAACACAAAGUGACGAUGAAGAUCAAAGUGGCGUUGCUGGUAAUCUCGCGAGAGUUGCACUUGGUGGAGGGCAUGAAGCUAUCGAUGACCUCACUCGCCGUCAAGGGUGGGAAGCUGGUAACAUAGACUACAUGGGAGUCGAUGCUUUCGAGAACAUUUGGGCUAAAAUCUCCCAGACUUUGAGUCAACCCCGAUCAUCUCCCCCUAAACAGUCUCCUCCCAGAGAGCCUGCGCCAGCUGCUUCACAGCCAUCAGUGGUCAGUGAAAAACCUAUGUCGGAAGAAAUCGAAGUUGCCAAGGAAGCUUUACCCGUUGAAGCUCCAGUAGUCCCCGCUGAAGUGCCUGCACCAGUUGAGGCACCAGUAGUGGUACCUACAGAAAUAGAAGCGCCUGUUGUACCCGCUGAAGUUGCGGCACCUGUAGAAGAAGUAGUCACCUCCAAAACUACAGCCCCAUCUGAAGUAGUUGCACCAGUUGAAGCCCCAGCUGCUGUAAGUACGCAGGUUGUAAGUGAUGUAUCCAGCCCAGUUGCAGUACCCGAUGUAGUACCAGUGGUCGUAAAAGCUGCAGAGCCAGCACCGGUGGCAGCCGAAGCCCCAGUGGCUCCUGAACCUGCAGCUGAUUCUAAGCCUGCUGCACAAGAAGUUCCUGCACCAGUAGAAGCUGCAGCACCCAUUGAAAUUCCUGAAUCGGAAGUUCCGGUACCGGUUGAAGCUAUUGACCAAAUCUCAGUUCCUAAAGAAGCGGAGCCAGAAGUAAAAAAGACUGAAGCGCCUGAAAUCAAAUCGAGUCCCGCUGAAGCGGCCGUUGAGGCACCUAAAUGUGUCAAACCUGUUGAAGCUACACCGGCAUCACCAGCGCCUGCCGAAGCCGCAGGCAGCCCUGCCGUCCCAGAAGCAACGCCCGAGAAAGUUCAGGCAGCAGACGUCUCCACUGACAGUCCCCCAUUAGCCAAUACACCCUCUAAAGAAGAAGCGCCAGCAGUACCCGCAGCCAAAUCCGCGGAGCGCCGCAAGCCGGCGGGCAAGCUGCAGCUGGGCCCCCCCGCCGCGCCCGACCCGCUCCCCACCCCCGACAGCGAGCUGGAGGACGCCGCCGCGCUCGCGCAGUCCAUCAUCGCGAGCGAGAUGCGCACGCCCACCGUCACCGCGCCCUCGCCCGCCGCCGCCUCGCCGUCGGUCGCCCCCGAACAAACCCGCCUAGCGGUCGACGAUCCCGAGGUCCCGACGCCGCCCGUCGGCGCGGUGUCGCUAUCACAGAUCGGCGUCAAACCCGCCAAAGGGAAGUCAUCAACGGCUGCGCAAAUAGAAUCGUCGGUGACGGAGAAGGCGGAACCACCGACGCCAACGUCGCCUGCAGCCGAGGUGGCCCCGGCGACUCCCAAAGCUCCGGCGGCUCCGACGGCCUCCGCCGCCCCUGCGGCGCCCGCGCAGGCGGCACCCGCGCCCGCGGCCGACGCGCCCAAGAAGAAGGUAGUGAAGAAGGUGGUAAAGAAGGAGGGCGCCGGGGGAGCCGACGCUCCCGUGCCGCCGCCGCGGAAAAAGGAAAAGAAGCCCAAAGAGAAGUGAGCGCCCGCGCCGCGCUCCCGACAGUUCCUCUGUGCCAUAAUGUAGCCUGUCCUCUACUGUGUUUAUGUGUAUUUAAUUUUCGAAUUAUUAUGCUUUUAUGUGCUGCGUAACCAAUAAUGAUUAUGUUAGAAUUUUAUAUACUCGCUAUCGCACGGAAAAUGUAUUGUUUAGUCUGAAAA